GUGCGCCCUCUUGCGGUUAAUAGCAGUAACACAUGCCGGCUGAUAGUUUCCGGUAGUAUGGCGACUGCAUCCCUAAAUUCACCCACUGCCUUUCCUUAGUUUCUCCAAGGAGGUGCUGAGAGCCAGUGUGGUUCCUUCCAUGUGGCUUGAGGGACUAUGCUGCUGCUGGUAGCUCUGUGCCUGGCCUGCACUUAUAAAACCAUCUCCACCACAGACAGUGGCCAGAACAGCAGCCGCACGCCACAGCUGGACUACAGCAGCCUGGUUCUGCCUCAGCAGCAUAUUCCAUUUUUUCUGCACAACAACAAACCAUUGGUCAAACUCUGCAAGGAGGACCCGCUUUGCCCUUUUAAAGAUGGUCUGUUGCUCACGAAUUCCUGCUGGGGGUAUGAAAAGAGCUGCUCCGCUGAGCACAGAUUCAGCUAUCCUGUGUGCACCAGUCUUGACUCAGGAUGGGCGAGCUCUAUUCAGGCCGCACAGGAACUGUUCUGGAAGCAGGCAGAUUUUGGCUACGUGAGGGAGCGUCUCAGUGAGAUGAAGACAUUGUGCAAGCCGUCGAGUCCUGGUGAUUCCUCUCUGAAGUGCUCCAAUCAUAUGCGGUUCUGCAGGGCCACAAACCUGUACCUGGACCUGAGGAGUCCCCGCAGAGGUCACGAGAGGUAUAAAGAGGAUUUCCUGGAACAGGGUGAGAUCGGUGGUCACUGCAGCCUUAAUAGUAAAGCACUAGCUGCAGAAGGGACACACAAGAGUCCUCUUCAGUCUUGGUUUGCUGAAUUGCAGACAUACUCAGAGCUCGACUUCCACCCCCAGGACGAUGGCCAUUGUGAUGUUAUAAUUGACAGACCAACCGUCUUCAUGAAGCUGGAUGCAGGAGUUAACAUGUACCAUCAUUUCUGUGACUUUGUCAACCUCUACAUCUCCCAGCACAUCAACAAUUCCUUCAGCCGUGACAUAAACAUCGUCAUGUGGGACACAAGUGUGUAUGGAUAUGGAGACCUGUUCAGUGAAACGUGGCGGGCUUUUACAGAUUAUGACAUCAUUCACCUCAAAAACUUUGACUCCAAAAGGGUGUGUUUUAGAGACGCAUUUUUCUCUCUCCUUCCAAGAAUGCGAUAUGGCCUUUUCUACAACACCCCUCUUAUCUCUGACUGCCACAGUGAGGGGCUGUUCAAGGCGUUUUCCCAGCAUGUCCUUUAUCGACUCAAUGUCCCACAAGAUGGACCGAAGGUGGGCCAGGUCCGUGUCACUCUGUUGGCAAGAAGCACUGAGUACCGUAGGAUAAUAAACCAGCAGGAGCUUAUCAAUGCCCUGAAGACUGUGCCUUUAUUCGAGGUCAAGCUGGUGGAUUACAAAUUCAAAGAGAUGCCAUUUCUGGAGCAGAUCCACGUCACACACAACUCUGAUAUCUUCAUUGGGAUGCAUGGGGCCGGACUGACCCACCUCCUCUUUCUUCCCGACUGGGCCGUCAUAUUUGAAUUGUACAACUGUCAAGAUGAGAGCUGCUACCGUGAUCUGGCCCGACUGAGGGGAGUCCAUUACAUGACUUGGCAGAAAAGGGACAAAGUGUUCCCCCAGGAUAAGGGUCAUCAUCCUACUCUUGGGGAACAUCCUAAGUUUACCAACUACACUUUUGACGUAGAGGAGUUCAUGCAGUUAGUCCUUCUAGCGGCUGAACAUGUGACCCGGCACGCGGAGUGGCGUGCGAAACAAGCCCGAGAUGAACUGUAGCCUGUAAAACAUGGUGGUCUU